AUGGCUGAUCUAGUCAAAUCGGCUUCACGCGAUAAAAAAUCGCUCCGUGAUGGCGUCGAACACGAUGAUCCUGCCGAGACGGGCGAUAUGGAGUUACUAGGUCCCACGGGGCUAUUCUUUACAAUAUUACAGCCGCUAACUAAAUCCAUUGCAGCAACGUUGGGGUAUAAGCAGGAACUACGACGUCACUAUUCAACAAUCCAGAUCUUCGCCGUCGCAUUUAGUAUCAUGGGCUUGUUACCGUCUAUUGCGUCGACGUUGUCAUUUUCUAUGCCGGCUGGGCCGGUGGGCAUGGUCUGGGGAUGGUUGGUUGCGAGUUGUUUUAUUUUCAUUGUUAGUUUGGCUAUGGCUGAUAUGGCUUCAGCCAUGCCCACUGCUGGCGGUCUUUACUUCUGGACACACUACUACGCUGCAGAGAAGUGGAAGAACCCUCUUAGUUUUCUAGUUGGUUAUAGUAACACCAUUGGGUUAAUUGGUGGUAUUUGCUCUAUUGAUUACGGCUUCGCCAACAUGCUCCUCUCAAUGAUAUCCAUAACCAGAGACGGAACCUGGUCCGCAACCCGCCCAAUAAUCUACGGCACAUACGCAGCAACAGUUUUCUCGCACGGCUUCAUAGCAAUAUUCUUCGGCAGAAUAAUGCCAAAGAUUCAAUCAGCGUGCAUAUUCCUAAACGUCGCCCUAGUAGUCGCAACCGUCAUCGCCUUACCAAUCGGCAAAUCCGAGAACGCACCCCCCAUCAAUUCAGGCUCGUAUGUCUUCGGCCAGGUAGAGAAUUUGACCACUUGGCCGACGGGCUGGGCUUUUAUCAUGGCGUGGUUGUCGCCUAUUUGGACGAUUGGCGCGUUCGAUUCGUGCGUUCAUAUGAGUGAGGAGGCGACGCAUGCUUCGCGUGCUGUGCCUCUGGGGAUUAUUUCUUCGGCAGGGCUCUGUGGCGUGCUGGGGUGGUUGAGUUUAGCUGUUAUUGCGGCUUGUAUGAGUACGGAUAUUGAAGGGAUUUUAAAUUCGAAGUUUGGACAGCCGAUGGCUCAGAUCUACUUCGAUGCCCUAGGCAAGAAUGGUGCCCUCGGAUUUAUGGCUGUCAACGCAAUAGUUCAAUACUUCAUGGGGCUUAGUAUCGUCCUCGCCGCCUCUCGUCAAAGCUGGGCCUUCUCCCGUGACGGUGCACUCCCAUUCUCAGGAUAUUUCCGCAAAGUCAGCCAACAUAGACUAAUGCGCUAUCAACCCGUUCGAAUGGUCUGCGGAGUAGUGACAGCCGCCGCAAUAAUCGGACUUCUCUCACUCAUCGACGCUGCAGCCGCCAACGCCUUGUUCUCCCUCGCCGUUGCGGGAAAUGACCUCGCUUGGUUGACGCCUAUCCUGGCGCGAUUGAUCUGGGGACAAGAUCGCUUUGUCCCUGGUGAGUUUUACACGGGGAAAUAUUUGAGUAAGCCGAUUGCUUGGAUUGCGGUUGUUUAUAUGGCUUUUGCGAUUGUUUUGUGUAUGAUUCCGACUGAAGGGCCGAAUCCGUCUGCUGAAAACAUGAAUUAUACCGUCGUUAUCAACGGUGCACUCUGGAUUGGCGCAAUCCUCUAUUAUGCUCUGCAUGCUCGAAAGACGUUCAAGGGGCCUCAAACAACUGUCGCGCCUGAAGAUGAAGGAAAACGAAUUGAAGAGGAGUGUGACUCUGACGUUAAGAAAUUAUAG